UCAACAUCCAGGCAGAACCAGCCAUGGCUGUGGCAGCCGUUCACCUCCCGCACUUCCUGUGCCUGGCAGGGGGACAGGCUGACAUUUCUCAGAUGCGAAUCGCCCAUUUCACUGAUGUGGGGAUGACCCUGGAGGAACCAACGGGGGUGAGGCCGUUCCACGCUGUGCUGGAGAACCCCAGCUUCUCCCUGUAUGGAGUUAUUUUUAUCUGUUCUAGAUUCCUGCCAAUUCCAGUCCACUCCCUGGUGCUGAUCUACCAGGCACUCUGGGCUGCAGACACAACCCUCCACCUCUACCUGAUCCCCAAUGAUCAUUCGCUAGAAAAGGCAAUCGAAGAACAUGAGAAGCACCGGUCAUUUUUUGUGGACAAAUCUCCUCAAACCAACGGGCCCCUGUACUUUGGCACUGAUUAUACGGUGUGCUGCUCUCCAGAGGCAGACAUAACACCCAAAAAACUGACAUUUUCCUAUACAAGCUGGGGGAAUCGCCAGCCCUACAUUGAAGUUUACAUCGAGGAGAUGAACAGGAGUGUGCAGCUCAGCAUGGCAGAGACUGCGUCUGCCGAACCUCGCUGGGAGGCCACAUUAAGACCAGGGGAUGUUAAACAUGAUGCAUCAUCAUCAGAGCACUGCACAGAGGAACAUUUUGUUGACCGACACAGAGAGCAGAUGAUUCAACGUAUAGCCCAUGUGGAGCCCCUCCUGGACAUGCUUCAUGGGAAUGUUCUGGAUGACGAGCAAUAUCAGAUCAUUAGCUCCAGGAGCACCAGCCAGGAGAAAAUGCGGAAGCUGUAUCAGCUAAUGCCAAGCUGGAAUAAAGAGUGCAAGGACCGGUUCUAUGCAGCACUGAAAACCAAGAAUAAGUUCCUCAUUGAAGCACUUGAGAGAAGUUAAGGCAGCCAAGAAGUUAUGUUCCCUGUGAACAUGCAGCCAUUCCAGGUGCAUGCAACUCUAGCUCCAGAUUCCACGUGGCUUUCUGGGCAGGAUGGUGCUUUCACCCCUUUACUAACAUGUUUUUUACCCUGAA